AAGUGUCGUUCAGGACAAAUUCAAAGCCGCAUCUAAUAAUAAUGUCGUCUAUUGUGAGGGACCUGAGAAGGCACCAACGAAGCGCUAGUGCUUUAGGGAUAUCAAGGAGUACAUCGGAAUUGUCCAAAAGGCUCUCUGGAUUUGUGUCCGUCACUGAUCGCAUACCAGAGUCGCUAUCGACGGCUUCCCGUCUUAAAUGGAUACCACCAGGUCGUAAAACGCCGGAUCUCUAUAAAACAAAAAGGCCUACGACGGGAAAGUCUUCCAAAUCAAACAAACGAUCGAUACAGUACACUGAUUAUCUGAAAGCGGAUUCAUUUGACACCCGACAAUUGGGAAAUGGCCUGACAAGUGGACGACGUUUAACAAGAAAACUGCAAAGCUCUAACCAGUUAUUAUCAAAUCAUUCUCACAACAAACAAUCGAUGUUUUUAAUAAGGUCAAAAUCGACGCCUCAGAUGAAAACAAAAUGCGAUUCCAAUAAUAACCGCGGCGAUGAUUUUUCAGCCAAUAAGAAGGUUAAGAAUACAUUAAAUGAUGCCCUUUUGGAGGACGACACGUAUGUGACGGCCAACUUUUCAACUAUGACGGAAUUCCAUGGUAUAAUUCAAGCCUUUCGGGAAACCCGUCUGGCUCAAAAGAAACAGAAAUGUAGAAAAAUGAAAGACAAUAUUCUUAAAACCGAGCCUGAAAAGAAUGAAAUUGAAUCUGUAUUCGAACGCACGGCCAAAACACUGCUUG